GCAACACUUCAAAAUGGCGGAGCGGGAAGAAGCGGUGAGGGAGUUCGUUGCUGUUACUGAUGUUGAUGAAGAGAGGGCCCGUUUCUUUCUCGAGUCAGCCGGCUGGGACCUACAGCUCGCUUUAGCUAAUUUCUUUGAGGAUGGAGGAGAUGAUGAUAUCGCCACUCUUCCUCAGCCAGAGUCUGUUUCUGUAUCUCGAUCCACAGGACCAAGUGAACACAGAGUUACGUCGUUUAGAGAUCUGAUGCAUGAAGAUGAACAUGAGAGCGACGAAGAGGAAGGAGAGAGGUUCUUUGCUGGUGGGUCAGAACGCAGUGGGCAGCAGAUCGUUGGUCCUCCCAAAAAGAAGAGCCCAAAUGAAAUGGUUGAGGACCUCUUCAAAGGUGCUAAGGAGCAUGGGGCAGUCCCUGUUGACAAACCAGGCAGAGGACCUGGAGAAUCUAGCAGGUCUAAGCCUUUUGGGGGCGGUGGCUAUCGAUUGGGUGCAGCACCAGAAGAACAAUCUGCUUAUGUGUCAGGAGAAAAAAGACAGUCAAGUAGUUCACAAGAUGUACAUGUGGUGCUGAAGCUGUGGAAGCAUGGGUUUAGCCUUGAUGAUGGAGGGAUUAGGAACUACACUGAUCCUGCAAACGCCCUCUUCCUCGAGGCGAUCCGCAGAGGGGAAAUUCCCCUGGAAUUAAGACAACGUUCCCGAGGUGGUCAGGUAAACCUGGAUAUGGAGGAUCAUCGAGAUGAAGACUUUUCCAAACCUAGACCUGCAUUCAAAGCCUUUGGUGGAGAAGGACAGAAACUCGGCAGUGCAACUCCAGAGUUGGUGUCACUCCAGAGAAACCCGCUGCACCAGGCUGCCAAUGAAGCUGAGGCUAGUACUUCCAUCAGUGUGGACAGCUCUCAACCUGUUACCAGUAUCCAGAUCAGACUGGCUGAUGGAGGCCGACUGGUGCAGAAAUUCAACCACACCCACAGGGUGUCUGAUGUGCGUGAGUUUGUGGCAAGCGCUCGCCCGGCUUUAGCCGCCAAAGAAUUUGUUCUUAUGACAACCUUCCCCAACAAGGAGCUGACAGAUGAGAGCCAAACGCUGAAGGAAGCCAACCUGUUGAAUGCCGUCAUUGUGCAGCGACUGAAGUGAUGCUGCCAUCUGCUGUCUGAGCUUUAUAAAAGCAUGAGUGGAGAUUGGACUGAAAGGACUUCUAAUUACUUAAUUUUGUUUUCUUUAGUGAUCUGUUGCUCCUCUGAGGCGGUUUUGUGGGGCGGUGGUUGUUUUUGGUUGAACAAAAUGGAGAUAAGAGGGAAGCAAUCACAUUGUGAUGCAUUUAACGGAAAGAAGUUAGGAAUGAAGGGGAGAUCUAACACAUUUUACGGUUUUAGAAUAACUGAUGCACAUAUUCUGAAUGAAAUAAAGAGCUUUCUGAAGA